AUGGAACCUUCAAGUUUCCGUCCGGGCGGGCUUCAAGAAGCUGGAAACACCCACCUCCUCCACCUCCUUGCCAUUUCCCGUCUUCCCUGGUACUCACGGAUGCGACUUUGGAUAUGCGGCAAGAUCAGGUGUGAGGUAACGACGGAAGAUGGAGCAGACGAGACACCAAGCGACCAGCUGUCUCGCAUCCAAGCUCUGUCCCCUCCAAAACCCCUCGACUGCCUCAAUCUUUCGCCUAGGUAUCGGCCACUAUCACAGGCACGCCAUAUUCACAAGGACUGCGAUGCCUCCCUCAGCACACGAGCCUCGAUAGACCUGUUCAUCCAUCUCUUCCUCUGUCUCUCACACCACUUACACCUCCUCAAUGGUGGGGUGCAAACUUUGGCUCGGGGCCCUCGUUCAGGCGGCCUCUUGAAGUACAUGGCACACGACAGGGAAGAAGCAUUCCCGACCGUCUCGAAUCGUCUUCCAUUCCAGGCCGCAUCGGACCUUCCGCUGGCGAGCUUUCAGAUCGAACAAGUGUCCAAUCCAACUUGGCAUAUGUUGCCCAACUUGCGACACGCGACAUGCGACCAAACGGCUCUUGUGGCCAUCAUCCGUCUCGCUCGGAUCGCAAUCGCAAGCUGUCGCAGGCUCGAGUCGCUGCGCAUCAGGCGUCCCAAGCUCCAGGAGCUGACCAAUUCCCCAAAAACCUCCUCGGCUCCUCCAGCAUGGUACGGCAACGCCCCGAUCAAUAAGGGAACUUUGCUGCUCCACCCGUCACCACGCUGCGGCGCUGCAGCGUGCGUCAACGGUGAUCCAGCGCGGGAACAAGUGACUUUGAUUGCUUGGCUCCCCGCCAUCUUUCCCUUCUUUAUACCCUCCCACUCGUCACGGUCUCAAAACGCCGUCCAUCUGUCAAAAUCGCAUGUCAGGAAUCCCAUUGGAGAUUGCGCCUGCGCCGCAUUGACUCAGCUCAUACAACAGUACAUGGCACCCAGCGCCCGUAUAUCUGUCAAGUUUCUCGACUUUCCUGCGACAGAAACAGAGCUCUUUAUCUGUGUCCGGCCAUCCGUCGCUGCUGAGACCCUAGCUCUCAGAGCCGCGAUGCCAAUGGACACUCAACAGCGGGGUAGAUCAAACCGUCAACAAAUCCAAGAGCAGCCCUCCCGUGCCAUUCACUAA